AUGUCCACAGUCGAAAACUCUCGGAAAUCCACCCCCGCCGCUGACGAGUCUAGGUCCACACCCAAACCGAAACCUCUUACAGCCAAAGCCCAGGAAACACAGGGCCUCAAACUCCUGAAACAACAGUACCAGCAGUAUUUGAAAGCACCAAAGUAUGGAAUUGACUCCGAAGAAUUGUAUUGUACUUGUCGCAAACCAGAUGAUGGAGCAUUGAUGGUGUGUUGUGAUGGGUGUGAAGGCUGGUGGCAUUUCAAGUGCAUGGAUUUGCCCAUCCAGUAUCAGCAUCUUGUGGCAGAAUUCUACUGCAAGUUUUGCGAUACACUUGAAGGAAAAGGUAAGACGAAAUGGAAGAGAAAGUGCCGAUUGCCGAGCUGCUACAAGCCUAUCAAAAUUGAUGAUGGUAAAGCCAGCAAGUAUUGUUCUUCUGAGCACGGAGUGGAAUUUUUGAGGUCUAAGCUUCAAGGAGUGGAAAAUCCCGAGGAAAUUACUCAAGCCUUGAAGAGGUCCGAGGACUUGUUGAGUUUUCAGGAUUUGGGCAAAUCGUUGCCUGCCAUCAGCGAAUUCCCAUCGGAUAUCCAAUAUAAGCUUAAUAGGCUUGAUUUGCAGGUGACAGAAUUGCAGGAUAAUCUGAAGACGUUGAGUGCUCAGCAACAGUUGCUGAAGAGAGUCAAAGACAGAACCAAGCUUAUAAGCGAUUGCAUUACAAGUCUCAAGGCCAACGAGGAUAUUUCCAAGUUCUUCAAUGACGAGCCAUUACAGCAGAGCAAGGCUAAAGGCAAGCGUAAAGCUCAGGACAUCUGCGGUUAUGAUAAACGUCUUGGAGAUCUAGGCAGUAUGAGAGAGAUGAUCUCAGAAGAGUUCAAGAGUUUAAAAGACCUAGGGUUCACGGAAGAAAAGUUCAAAUCAGAUUUUGAAAUGUAUGAGGCACUGGAGGACAACGCUGAUAUACCAGAGGACAACUACUUUGCACAGAUAUGUCUACAGGAUAAGCGUAAGUGUGCGGUACAUUACUCGUGGUUCAACAUCAUUAGUGAGAAGGUUGAGUUCAAGUUGGCGGAUGAUGAGUAUAGGGUUUCUACGUUAAAGAAGAAGAAAGACUUGGUGGUGAGAGAUGCUACGAUCCGGUAUUGGGAAGGGGAGUCAAGUAAGUGA